CAGUACUUCAAAGUUGACUCGUUCAUUGAUAGAACUCUCCAUCAUAUCUCCAUCAGAUUACCAAGUAAUUAAUACUAUUCAAAUGACACUGGUUUAACCUAACGUGUAUGAGCUUAACUAUGGUGUGUCACUUACCACCUAUUAUCCCAAAACAGAAAUACGACCUCUUGCUCCAUUUCGAGGGUAACCCUACCAAUAUUCGUGGGCCAAAUUUAUAACAGACAUCAUGUUUGAAUUAUAGUGGUUAUCGGUAUUAAAGCAUCGAAUUGAUAUCGUCUAGCCCCAUCCAUAAGCUUAUUCAUUCAGUAUGUCUAUACCCAGGGAGAAAUUUGAUCUCGAGAAGGAUGGACUCAAGAAAAGCCGACCAAAAAGCAGGAUUUAUUUGGGAGCUUUGGUGCUGGUUGGGCUCCUCAUUAUAUCAACAACUGGGACCCUAUCACCUUUAAACAAUUACAAUUGGUUUACAAAGCAAAAUAAUGAAGUCAAUUCAAUACAAGAUGAUAUAACACCUUUUUCAGUGUCCCAUAAGGAGAUUAAUGAAGAAGAAUAUUUGAAAUUAGGGUUAACACCAACAAAACCAAUCAUUAUUGAAUCCCUUGAUGAUAAUUUCAAUGGGUUGAAAAAAAAGACAAUUCAUGGAAGAUUUUUACAUAUAACGGAUAUCCAUCCAGAUGAAUAUUAUAAAGAGGGUUCUUUAAUCGAAGAAGCUUGUCAUAGAGGGAAGAAGAAGAAGAAAUCACAACAAGUUGCAUCGAAAUAUGGUGAUGCCCUAUUAGGUUGUGAUUCUCCAACUAUUUUAAUGAAUGAAACUUUUAGAUGGAUUAAAGAAAACUUGAGAGACAAGAUAGAUUUCGUUAUAUGGACAGGUGAUAAUAUUAGACAUGAUGCAGAUAGAAGAAUACCAAGAACUGAAUUACAAAUCUUUGAUAUGAAUGAAAAAGUUGCAAAUGAAUUUAUAAAUCUAUUUGGUUCACAAAACUCAUUAGAUCCAAGAGAAUUUGAUGUUCCUGUGAUUCCAAGUCUGGGUAAUAAUGACGUGUAUCCUCAUAAUUUAUUUUCACCAGGUCCAACUUUACAAACUAGAGAAUUAUGGAACAUAUGGCAAAAUUUUAUACCACAAGAACAAUUACAUAUUUUCGAAAGAGGUGCUUAUUUUUUCAGUGAAGUGAUUCCAAAUCAAUUAGCAGUGCUAUCCAUAAACACACUAUAUUUAUUCAAGGCUAACCCAUUAGUGGAUAAUUGUGAUAAUCGUAAACAACCAGGUUAUAAAUUAUUUCAAUGGUUAGGUGUUGUAUUGGAAGAAUUGAGAAAACGUAAUAUGAAGGUUUGGCUAAGUGGGCAUGUCCCACCUGUCCCUAAAAAUUAUGACAUCUCUUGUUUCAGAAAAUAUGCAGUUUGGUUACAUGAAUAUCGUGAUAUAAUUAUUGGUGGUGUUUAUGGUCAUAUGAAUCUUGAUCAUUUUGUGCCAGUUGAUUCUGAAAAGGCUUAUGAUUCGAUUGAUCAAGCAUCAAUAAGGUCUAAUGAAUUCAAAUAUAACCAUGAUGAUGAAUUUGAUAUGAGUCUUGAAGCUCAAUAUGCAGCUUUCGACUUUGAUCAGUCAGAUUCAGAAGUUGACGGUGCAAUGGCUGCAUUAGAUGCUCAUUUAAUGGGUGGUGCACCUUCGGGGAAAGAAGACUAUAUGGAGACUGUUAGAAAGACAUUUUAUGCAGAUGUCAAAAAACCAAAGAAUCAAGGUAAAGAUUCUGAACGUUAUUCAAUUGUUAACGUUGCAGCUAGUGUUAUUCCAACUUUUAAUCCUGGCCUAAGAGUUUGGGAGUAUAAUAUCACGGAUAUUGAAGAAAACUAUAAACUUGUUCAAAAACCAUGGACACAGUUUUUAGCAGAAUUGGAUCAAAGAAUAAAGAUUGAAGAUUCUUUAGAUGCUUUUUCAUUUGAUAAUGAUGACGAUUAUGAAGAUUUUGAUGAAGAGGAGAAUGAUAUCUCAAUUGAAAGAAAGAAAAAGAAGAAGGGUAAAAAGAAAAAGAAGAAGAAGGAUGAUUCAUUACCACCAAAAAUGCCAGAGUCACAACCUCUAGGUCCAGCCUACACGCCACAAACAUUUUCACCAACUAAAUUUGUUCAAUAUUUUGUUAAUUUAUCAUCAGUGAAUGAAGGAAAUGAACCAUUUAACUAUAAUGUUGAAUAUAAGUCAGAUGAAGAACCUUAUAAUAUGAAGUCGUUAUUGGUUAAAGAUUUCUUGAAAUUGGCUAGAAAAUUUGGUAAACCUUUAAAAAAGAAGAGUAAUGAGAAAAUUGAUGGGAAAAAGAAAGAUGAGACUUCAAAGUUAGAUGAGCUAUGGAGUACUUAUUUAAAACACGUCUUUGUGAGUAGUGGCUAUCAUGACGAUUGAUGUGGAAAA